AUGGUCGCCCCGCAGAUGCCCCAGCUCCUCUCCUCGACGGUGAUCCUGGCGCUCUUUUUCCUUCCCCAGGUACAGCCGGCCGGCGUCUUCGAGCUGCAGAUCCACUCUUUCGGGCCGGGACCAGGUCCGGGCGCCCCGCGGUCCCCCUGCAAGGCCGGGGGCUCCUGCCGUCUCUUCUUCAGGGUCUGCCUGAAGCCAGGGCUCUCCGAGGAGACCGCCGAGGCUCCGUGCACCCUGGGCGCGGCGCUGAGUGCGCGCGGACCGGUCUACACUGCGCAACCUGGAGCUCCAGCGCCUGAACUGCGGCUGCCUGACGGCCUCCUGCGCGUGCCCUUCCGGGACGCCUGGCCGGGCACCUUCUCUCUCAUCAUCGAAACCUGGAGAGAGGAGUUAGGUGGACAGAUUGGAGGUCCCGCCUGGAGCCUGCUGGCGCGCGUGGCGGGCCGGCGUCGCCUGGUGGCCGGCGGCCCAUGGACCCGGGACAUGCAGCGCGCAGGCACCUGGGAGCUGCGCUUCUCCUACCGUGCGCGCUGCGAGCCGCCGGCCGUCGGGGCUGCGUGCGCGCGCCUCUGCCGCUCGCGUGGCGCCCCCUUGCGAUGUGACCCGGAACUGCGCCCCUGCGCGCCCGUUGAGGACGAGUGCGAGGCACCGCCAGUGUGUCGAGCAGGCUGCAGCCCAGAGCAUGGCUUCUGUGAGCAGCCGGAUGAGUGUCGAUGCCUGGAGGGCUGGACUGGGCCCCUCUGCACGAUCCCUGUCUCCAGCAGCAGCUGCCUCAGCUCCAGGGGCCCAUCAUCUGCCACCACUGGAUGCCUCGUACCUGGGCCUGGGCCCUGUGAUGGGAACCCGUGUGCCAAUGGGGGCAGCUGUAGUGAGACCCUGGGGUCCUUUGAAUGCACCUGUCCCCGAGGGUUCUACGGGUUGCGGUGUGAGGUGAGCGGGGUGACCUGUGCGGACGGACCUUGUUUCAACGGUGGCUUGUGUGUGGGAGGCGCAGACCCCGACUCGGCCUAUAUCUGCCACUGCCCGCCUGGUUUCCAAGGCUCCAACUGUGAGAAGAGGGUGGACCGGUGCAGCCUGCAGCCUUGCCGGAACGGCGGACUCUGCUUGGAUCUGGGCCACGCCCUCCGCUGCCGCUGCCGCGCCGGCUUCGCGGGGCCGCGCUGCGAGCACGACCUGGAAGACUGCACCGGCCACACCUGCGCCAACGGCGGCACCUGCCUGGAGGGCGGCGGCGCGCGCCGCUGCUCCUGCGCGCUGGGCUUCGGCGGCCGCGACUGUCGGGAGCGCGCCGACCCGUGUGCCGCGCGCCCCUGCGCCCACGGCGGCCGCUGCUACGCGCACUUCUCCGGCCUCGUCUGCGCCUGCGCGCCGGGCUACAUGGGCGCGCGGUGCGAGUUCCCGGUUCACCCCGACGGCGCGGGCACAUUGCCCGCGGCCCAGCCCGGCCUGAGACAGGGGGACGCACAGCGCUUCCUUUUGCCGCCGGCUUUGGGACUGCUGGUGGCCGCGGGCUUGGCCGGCGCUGCGCUCUUGCUGGUCCACGUGCGACGCCGUGGCCCUAGCCGGGAUACUGGGCCUCGUUUGUUGGCGGGGACCCCGGAGCCGUCGGUCCACGCGCUCCCUGAUGCACUCAACAACGUGAGGAUGCAGGAAGGUCCCGGGGACGGCCCGAGCCCGUCCUCAGACUGGAAUCACCCUGAAGAUGGAGACGCUCGUUCGAUUUACGUCAUAUCUGCUCCUUCCAUCUAUGCUCGGGAGGCAGGAGGGUCGGGUGGGAUCCCCACCCCGGCUACCGGGGGUGCGCCCCGAGACCCCAUGAACAACCAGCCGCGGACCCCAGCCCCUACCCCUGCCCGGGCCUCGACUCCGGUCCGGGGUUCGACCCUGCGCAAGACCUCCAUCCAGGUUCGGACUCCGACUCCGGGCCCGGAUUCGGGCCCGACCCGGAUCACGACUCUGGUCCGGACGCCGGCUCUCAUCCGGACCCUGACCCCCAUCCGGACCCCAACUCCGGUCCGGACCCCAACUCCGGUCCCGCCCUCAACUCCGGUCCCGCCCUCGACUCCACUCCGGCCCCCGACUCCCAUCCGGCCCCCGACUCCCGUCCGGCCCCCGACUCCUGUCCGGCCCCCGACACCGAUCGGGACCCCGACACUGAUCCGGUUUCCGACUCCGGUCCAGAUCCCAACUCCGGACCCGAUCCCAACCCUGAUCCCAUCUCGGGUCCUGAUUUCUGCCUUGGAAUCCCUCCCCGACUCGCCUUCGGGCCCGCCCCUGGAACUUGAACCCACGCUCACUGUGUCACCUGCCAAGAAACUUGAGCCAACCCCGAGGGUGAAGCAGGUUUCAUCAGCUGCCAGUGGAUUUCCUCCCAUACAAGAGCCCCUUCCUGCUCUUACUCCACUGGCCACCGACUUACCGUCCCCAUCCCGCGGGUCCCCUCUGAGGACAGAUCCAUCGACCACCAAAUUGAUAGCUUCUUCUGGACAUGUCCCAGGGACGCCCAUCCUAGGGGCCAUCCAGGCCAUCUUACCGGUUCCUGCAUUAGCCUCCAUCAGUGGGAGCCUCAAAGCGGAAAACAAGAUCAUGAUUCAAGUGGUCUACUGCUACAGCCUGCGGUACAUCCUACUGAGAAAGAGUCUGGAGCAGCAAUUUCCAAACUCUCUAAUCUUCGAGGAGGAAAUAUCUGCCCAGGCUACAGGGGAGUUUGAAGUGUUUGUGGAUGGAAAACUGGUACAUUCAAAGAAGAAUGGUGAUGGCUUUGUGGAUGAGGCCAAGCUACAGACAAUUGUGAACCUGCUCAAUGAGGAGUUCAAGAAAAGGGUAGCAGGCAACUAG